GCGGGUGGUGGGGGAAAUGGAGCAGCUGAAGCAGCAGCUUGAUGGCAUGGUGAGGGUGGGUGGGGGCAUGGUGAGGGGUGGAUGGGGGUAUAGUUUGGGGUGGUGUGAUGGUGAGGGUGGUGGGAUGGUGUGGGGUGGUGGGAUGGUGUGGGGUGUUGUGAUGGGGUGGUGUUAUGGUGAGGGUGGUGUGAUGGUGAGGGGUGGUGGGAUGGGUAGGGGUGGUGGGAUGGUGUGGGGUGGUGGGAUGGUGUGGGGUGGUGGGAUGGUGUGGGGUGUUGUGAUGGGUGGUGGGAUGGUGUGGGGUGGUGGGAUGGUGUGGGGUGGUGGGAUGGUGUGGGGUGGUGGGAUGGUGUGGGGUGGUGGGAUGGUGUGGGGUGGUGGGAUGGUGUGGGGUGGUGGGAUGGUGUGGGGUGGUGGGAUGGUGUGGGGUGGUGGGAUGGUGUGGGGUGGUGGGAUGGUGUGGGGUGGUGGGAUGGUGUGGGGUGGUGGGAUGGUGUGGGGUGGUGGGAUAUUGGUCUUGUAG